AUGGUGGUGCCGGAGAUGCUCAAUUUCCACGAAGGCAUUCCCCAGCAAAUCAGCCUACAAUUUGUGGAGCUGUUCUCAGGGAUGGGAUGCGUUUCCCUGGGAUUGUUAUCGAUUGGUAUGAAGGGCACAUCCCACGAUAUAGCUCUGUCGAGUCUCAUGGACCUGACGACGACGAGGGGUUUUCUGUUGGCAUUGAAUGAAGUUCGACGAAUAGCUCGUGGUGGUCUUCUUUGGCUGGGAUUGUGCUGCAAUUCUUUCUCCAAAAUGUCUCGUGGGACACAUGGUCGAGACUUUUGGAGACCUCUUGGAAAUUGUGGGUAUGGUUUCGUGGCCGUUGGAAACCUACUGGCUUGCCGCUGUAUAUUGCUCAUAUAUGUGGCAGUUUCCAGAGGAUUGAAAUUCAUCUUAGAACAACCAGAUGGCAGCUCAUUGCCAUUACAUCCAAGAUGGGAAGAACUCUUGGGCCAUGUCCAGAUCUUCAGUUGCAGUUUCUGGAUGGGUGCAAUCGGAGGAGCAACGGCCAAAAGACAUCGUCUUUGGAGCAACUGCAAGUCCAUCCUCAUGGAGGUCGAUCGCCGGGCGGGCUACCUAUCCCGUGAGGAUAUGUUAAAACUACCAGGUGGUCCACUAGUCAGGCACUACAUUGACCAAAAUGGCAAGAAAAGGCAUGCUGGAAUUCCCGGCAAACUCAGGGAUAGCCAGCAUUAUUCCUUGGAAUUUGGGCAGCUGAUCGCAGACUUGGUGUCCAAAUAUAUGACGGAAGAAAUUCCUGCCCCGAAGUCUCCCGUCUUACUGGAUUGGUCGCGCUCUGAUGCUGAACUAUUCAAAGACCAUUUCGUGUUGGAUGGUGACAACCGAAAAGCCCUGGGUGAUUUGUGGCAUGAUGCAGAGCUCCCUCGUGUCGUGCAAUACUUAGCCAAGAUUCGCGACAUGAAGCCGCGUGGAAGCUGGGCUGACAUUCUCAAGUUCUUGGACUUACGUCAUAUCGGAUGA